AUACGAUAGGGUAGCUGCAGAUAACAGUUAUUUUCUUCACCUUGCAAACAUCUAAUAUCGUUCGUUCAAGCCAAAGAGUCAUCACGAUCUCAAUCUUCACCCAAGCAUUCUAUAAAAUAACAUACUUUCACUGGCUAUAGCCUAUAGCUUCUGCAAUAAACUCGUAAAACUAGCAUAAGCAUCACCCGGAUUGUUUCAAGAUAUCGAGACGAUGGCGUUGAACUGGGGACCAGUGUUAAUGUCGGUGGUUCUGUUCAUCAUACUGACGCCCGGAGUACUGUUUUAGUUUCCGGGGAAGACCAAAGCGGUUGAGUUUGGCGGAUUCCAGACAAGCGGUGCAGCUAUUGUUAUCCACACUCUCAUCUUCUUUGCAUGCAUCACAGUCUCCCUUAGCGCUCUUCAUAUCCAAAUAUACGCUUCCUAAUCAAUUUAACAUUGCAGUGUCCCUCAAUGCUAGCUGCAUGGCCUUAAUUUUAAAUCCUAUUCUUUUUGUUACAAUUUUUCAUAAGCUUUGAUUUCUAGUUCCCAUUGAACGUUCUAUUCUUUGU